CCCAGCAGUAGCCUUGAGCACUGGACCAGAAACCGCAGGAGCAGCAGACUGACAUCCAGUUGACACCAAGCUCAGAAGCUUUGUAAGGUACAGAGAUGUCUCACGGGUUUACUAAGGAGGAGAAUAAGGAUGGCCAUAUCAACGUCCAGGAACUUGGAGAUGUAAUGAAGCAGUUGGGCAAGAACCUCUCACAUGAGGAACUGAAGGCUCUCAUCUCCAAGUUGGACACAGAUGGUGAUGGCAAGAUCAGCUUUGAAGAAUUCUUUAAGUCCAUCAAAAAGUACACUAAAGAGCAGGAGCUGCAGGCUAUGUUCAGUGUCCUUGACCAGAAUGGUGAUGGGUACAUCACUGUGGAUGAGCUCAAAGAAGGCUUGUCCAAGAUGGGAGAGCCGCUUUCCCAGGAGGAGCUGGAGGGCAUGAUCCAUGUGUUUGGUGCAGACCAAGAUGGGAAGGUGAACUAUGAGCAGUUUUUGAGUCACUACAUUGAGACUGUAUACAAGGUCCACAUAUCUGACUGACUCUGACAGGCACUUGUGCCUUCUUGCAGCG